AACAGACAAACGUUAAUGAGGAAGAGUCUGCUGCCUUGAGCCAGACUCUGCUGGUGGGGUAGGCAGGGAAGAAAGGGAUCCUCAGGACCGAGGAGACAGAUAUGAGGUUGGGCAGAGAGAUGUGGAAAGGACAGAUGAGUGAACAGAUGCAGGGCAGUUGGUGGCAGAGUGGAUGGAGCAUCAGGGAAGACCUGAAGGCAAAUCGAGCCUCUCUCACUAGCUGUGGGAUCCUAGACAAGUCACUUACCCUCUAUUUGCCUGUUUUCUCAUCUGUAAAAUGGGGAUAAUAAUUCUAAUUCUCUCCCAGAGUUGUUGUGAGGAUCAAAUGAGCUAAUAUUUGUAAGGCUCUUAGCACAGUGCCUGGCACGGUCUCGAUCUGUUAGCUAUUAUUGUGAUGAGGAUGAUGGCAAAUGUGGGUUAAGAUAACAUGAGUCUGACCCUGUUGGGGAGACAGCAAGAUGAGACUGUCUGAUGAAAGGUGAGUUGAGAGUAGAUAGAGCCAGGCAGACAGAUGUGGGCUUGGACAGAGAGUUAUAAAACCCUUCCCCACCCCUUCUUUUCCUACCCCCAGCUGGACAGAAAAGUAAAACUGAACUCAGAGGUGCAGCUAGUUUCCCUGCCCAGAAAUCUGUUUCUGAAGCCACUGCAGCCUGGGACAAAAUGCACUGUGGCUGGCUGGGGUCAGCUGCGCCAGGACGGAGGGUCAGCCCAGACCCUUCAGGAGCUGAACGUGAAGGUGUUGGACAGUCGCAUGUGUAACAACAGCCGCUUCUGGCAUGGGAAGAUCACACCCACGACGCUCUGUGUGGCUGGGAUCAAAAAGGGUUCUGCACCCUGCAAGGGAGACUCGGGGAGCCCCUUGAUCUGUAAAGGAGAGAAGGUUUAUGGGAUCAUCUCCUUUAGCUCCAAAGGAAACUGUGUGGAUGUCUUCAAACCCCCUGUAGUGACUGCAGUGGUUCCCUACCUCUCCUGGAUCAAGAAAAUUAUUUCCUGAGAUCACCUAAUCCUGCUACUAGCCCACAGGCUCCCUUUAUCUGGAAUGCUAGUCUCUAAUCUAAUCUCUAGUCUGUGCCUAAUUAAACCUUCUAUUCCUUUAAGACCCCAGCUCUCCCACCCUCCUUAAACAACUCUUCCUCCAAAAAAUCUUCCAAGAUCCUCCCUGCCUGGAGUGAUAUCUCCCUCAGCCAGUGCACCCUCACUCAUUCACCCCCUCCCACACCCUUUUCUGGCUUGCCUUGAACCUCUAAUUUGUUUUUUGGCUCUUCCCUGGCCCCUGGCUCAUUUCAGGGUGACCUAUCUCCUAAUAAAAUAAUAAAGACCUGAUGGAUACCA